GAACACAGCACACACUUUCUAGGCUCACGUAAAUAAGUAUUUCGAAAUUUUUUACUUUUUAAACACAGCUGUUGCAAGGAAAAUAUAACACUUGGAUAGCAUAUUUAACAUAGGACCUAGUAAACUAAAUGCAUAGAUAAUCAAGAGCAACCUCCUUCAGGCAACCUCAAAAUGGCGCCCGUUUCAAAACGCCGUUUACCGAAAAAAUCGAAUACAAAUGUAAAAGUAACGAGCACACUUUCGAAAAUUAUAAUGCAAGGAACUGAACAGUUGUUGGACUCGGGAAAUAAUACAAAUAUUCAUGUUAUUGAAAAACCCCGAAUGGUGCGGUAUUCAAAUUCAUCGCUUUACAGUGCGUUAGCCGAGGGCCAUUCCACACCGGAAAUAAAUAUUGUGGCAAGUAAUAGCAACGCACAUGGCAAGGUAGAGCUUAAUUCUGAAAUCAGCGAUAUGUCUAUUGCAUCAGUGUCGGUGAGAAAUAAACCGUUUGUGAACUUUCUCCAGGAUUUCUCCAUAGCUCAUGGUUCCGUACCCCGAGAAAGUAUUCAGCAGGCCAUCGUCGAGUGGGAUAAACUGACAGCUGAGCAAAAACAAGAAUAUACUCCUGAAAACUACGUUCUAAAAUUAUGUGAUCAAGUGCAUAAUCGUGACGAAAUUUUAAAUGCAGCUACACUGCAUCCGGUAUAUCCAAUUACAACCAAAAUACAGAAUGCAUUUAAUGAAGCCAGUACGUCCAUGAAAUCUGAAAAGUAUGCGAAGAAGAUCUCGUCCCCAAAAAUACGUAAGACAAUUAAGCGUUUAAAACCAAAACCACGAGUUCUGGUGACUCCCAGAAAAUCAGCCAAAAAUGCUGGCAAAAAGAAUAUAAUUUAUAGUGGUUCGGCUUACAAAAACUUUCUGCGAAAAACCGGUCAAGCCAAUCCCGGUCUGAUGAUUGUGGAAAAGGCCUCAUUAUGGCGUAAAAUGACUCCUGCCGAAAGGGAUCUCUAUCGGAAUGUGAGCAGACCAAGGCGCCAGAACACCAAAGUAUCCAGAGUUGACGCUCCCAAGCGCGAAAAGAAGCGUAAAACCUCACAGUUCACCCAGAUUUCAGAAAGUGAUUUUUCGGAAACUAAUUUCAAUAUUCAGCGAGAUGGCCAGCUAGAAGUUUGGAAUGGAAGUACAAAUUCCCUAGAGGAGGCAAACGGCUCCUGGUUCAAAUUUGGAUACAUUGCUAAAGCACUUGGAACAGUCAAGAGUAUAUUUAAAUAACUAUUUCUUUUACAAAUAUUGUACAAAACAUUUGCAUAACUAUAAAAAGCAUUGUAAGCACGCAAUUAAACACCAAGGUCAAAGGCGAAGG